GUGGCGUGCUGGGAUAUGUAAAGAUGGCCGGCCGCCGCAUGACUUUUGAGUGCAGUCGUUCAUGUCUGAGACUCUCGCACCCAGACUUUUUUCCUGUUCCUGCAACUGCGUUUCUUUCCUCUUUUUCCAUCAAAGUUAAAUUCUCGUUGAAGAACAUAUCGCGCCAGCGUCAGAGAUGCCUUUCAAGCAACACGGCCGUCAGUACGACUUGGUCGUUUUUGGUGCUACUGGCUACACUGGGACGUUCGUGGCAGAGCACAUUACAACCCAUCUGCCGACCAAUUUGAAAUGGGCAGUUGCAGGUCGAUCGGAGACGAAGCUCCAAGGUCUUAUUGCUGAGUGCAAGAAGCAGAGUCCCGACAGGUUGCAGCCUGAAAUCGAAAUCUGCAGCCUCAACCACGAGGACCUCGAGGCUCUCGCCAAAAAGACAUUUAUUCUCAUCACAACCGUCGGCCCCUAUGCAAAGUAUGGCGAGACUGCCUUUCGAGCCUGCGCCGAGAACGGCACGCAUUACCUCGAUGUCACCGGCGAGACCCCUUGGACCGGCACAAUGAUUGGCAAAUACGAGAAUGCGGCAAAGGAAACAGGCGCCAUGAUGUUUCCCCAGAUUGGAAUUGAAUCGGCACCGCCAGACCUCGUCACCUGGUCGUUGGCCAAGCAGGUCCGCGAGAAGCUCUCGGCCAAGACAGGCGCCGUGACGGUAUCCAUCCACAAGCUGGAUUCGGCUCCGUCUGGCGGUACCCUGGCGACGGUCCUCAACUUGUUUGAGUCAUUCACGAUCCAGCAAGUAAGAGAGCAGCACAAACCAUAUGCUCUCUCGCCCGUGCCAAACAACAACAAGGUUCAGUCGCAGACGUCCCUGCUGACCAAGUUGGUGGGAUUGCGAAACGUUCCCAGCCUGGGACUGAUGACUACGUCGAUUGCUGGGAUGACGGACACGCCCAUCAUCCAAAGAACCUGGGGUCUCUUGGCAUCGGUGCCUUCGCGUGAGAAACAAUUCUACGGACCAAACUUUUCGUUCCACGAGUACAUGAGAGCAAGGGGCUACCUUCAAGGAAUGGCUAUUCACUGGGGUCUUGCCUUCUUCGGCCUCCUGCUUGCGACUGCUGCGCCGUUCCGCAAGUUGGUGAAGAGAUUUGUUUACGAACCUGGCCAGGGCCCGGACAAGGAGCUAUCAAAGAAGGAUAAGAUUGAGUAUCGUGGCAUUGCCAGCCCGGAUAAGGAGUCCAAGACGGAGUUUCCCAAGGCUUACUGUCGUGCCUGGUACGACGGCAGCAUGUACUACUUGACGGCUGUUCUGUUGGCCCAAGCUGCAUCAACGCUGUUGGAGGAAGACGUCGACCUGCCUGGCGGUGUCUUUACUCCGUCGUGCUUGGGACAGCCGUUCAUCAAUCGGUUGCAGGGAGUCGGCUUCAACUUUGAGGAGAAGAUUCUGGAGCACUGACUGACGAGAUGAGGUGUUGGUUCUCAACUGUGUUGUCCACCGAUGAUGAUUUGAGGGGGGGUUCGCUUCAAUGUAAACGGAUUGUUCAAACGUAUGCUGUAAUUAUCGAAACAUGUUAUACUCAAUUUUGAAAAGAACGGGUUCAUGUGCGUGA